GGCUCAAGCGCAGCCUCCGGGCGCUGGUGCCGAGGUGGGCACGCCUCCCAGGCUGGGCGGGCCCGGCGGCUCCGUGGCCCCGGAGCCGGAGCCGCCCCACCGCGCGCACUUUCGCCUCACUCUCCUCCUGGGGCCCGCGGGGCCGGUCGCGAGGCACCUGGCGGCGGCUCCUGUCCCCCUGAGAAGCUGAUUCUGCAGUUUAGAAGAAUAUGCCAAGGACCCAGACUAACCAAGACUCGAAGAGGAUAAGGAAGAAGGACUUACUCUCCUGGAUAUUAAAAUAUAUUUAACAUAAUGUGUUACCGGUACAAGGACAGACAAAGACCAGAACAGAGGGCACUGAAACAGACCCGCCCCCAUGAGAACAUGUGACUGUUGGCAAAGGUUGAAUCCCGGGAUGACGUCACAUCUUUUGUGGACAGUGUGGGUCUUGGGGGCCAUAAUCAGCCUGUCCAAGGCAGGGACCCUGGGUCAGGCUUCUUCUCUGACCUGUGACCCCACCGGUGUCUGUGAUGGCCGCUCCAGAUUUUUAAGCUCCAUCCCCUCAGGGCUCAUGGCCACUGUGAAAAGCCUUGACCUGUCCAACAACAUGAUCACCUAUGUCAGCACCAGUGACCUGCAGGUGUGUGUGAACCUCAAGGCUUUGAGGCUGGGGUCCAACAACAUUAAUACCAUAGAGGAAGAUGCCUUUCACUCCCUGGGGGGUCUUGAACAUUUGGACUUAUCCUGCAAUCACUUAUCUAGUUUAUCGUCCUCCUGGUUCAAGCCCCUCUCUUCCCUGAAAUUUUUAAACUUACUGGGAAAUCCUUAUAAAACACUUGGGAAAACAUCUCUUUUUUCUCAUCUCACCAAUCUGAGAAUCUUGAGAGUAGGAAAUGCUGACAACUUCACUGAAAUUCAGGAAAAGGAUUUCGUGGGGCUCACUUUUCUUGAGGAACUGGAGAUCGACGCUUCCAAUCUCCAGCGGUAUGGGCCCCAGAGUCUGAAGUCCAUUCCAAAGGUCAGCCAUCUGGUCCUUCACAUGAAGCAGCCUGUUUUCCUGCUGGAGAUGUUCCUGGACCUUUUAAGUUCAUUGGAGCAUUUGGAACUGAUAGAUACUCACUUGAACACUUUCCGUUUUUCAAAAGUACCCGUCAACGUAACCAAGACAUUUAUUAAAAAGUUUACAUUCAGAAAUGUGGAAAUCACUGAUGUUAGUUUUCAAGAAGUUGUGAAACUCUUAUAUUAUGUUUCUGGAAUGUUAGAUGUGGAGUUUGAUAACUGUAUUUAUAGAGGAGUUGGUGACUUUGAUAUCUCUGUUCCGGACACAGUCAAAGGUCUAAGUAAUGUAGAGACAUUAACAGUACGAAGGUUGCAUAUUCCAGAUUUUUACUUAUUUUAUGAUCUGAGAAAUAUAUAUGCAUUUAUAGGCAAAGUUAGAAGAAUCACGAUAGAAAAUAGCAAGGUUUUUCUGGUUCCUUGUUCACUUUCUCAACAUUUGAAGUCAUUGGAAUAUUUGGAUCUCAAUGAGAAUUUACUGGUUGAAAACUUAUUGAGAAACUCAGCCUGUGAGGAUGCCUGGCCAUCCCUGCAAACCUUAAUUUUAAGGCAAAACCAUUUGACGUCAUUGGAAGAAACUGGAGAAAUUUUGCUUAAUCUGAAAAAUCUGACUAACCUUGACAUCAGUAAGAAUAAUUUCCAUCCUAUAUCUCCAACUUGUCGGUGGCCAGAAAAGAUGAAAUACUUGAACUUAUCCAGCACACGAAUAGACAGUUUAACUGACUGCAUUCCUCAGACCCUGGAGAUUUUAGAUAUUAGCAAUAACAACCUCAAUUCAUUUUCUUUGACAAUGCCACACCUCAAGGAACUUUAUAUUUCUGGAAAUAAGUUGAAGACUCUUCCAGAUGCCUCCUUCUUACCCAUGUUACUAGUCAUGAGGAUCAGCAGAAAUACAAUAAAUACUUUUUCCAAGGAACGACUGGAUUCUUUUCAAAACCUGAAGACUUUGGAAGCUGGCGGCAACAACUUCAUUUGCUCCUGUGAGUUCCUGUCUUUCACUCGGGAGCAGCGGGCACUGGCCCAGCUCCUCACUGACUGGCCUGAAAACUACCUGUGUGACUCUCCAUCCCACGUGCGGGGCCAGCGGGUGCAGGACACCCGUCUCUCGGUUUCUGAGUGCCACAGGGUGGCUCUGGUGUCUGCCAUGUGCUGCGUCCUUUUCCUGUUGAUCCUGCUCACGGGGGCCCUGUGUCACCAUUUCCAUGGACUGUGGUAUAUGAGGAUGAUGUGGGCCUGGCUCCAGGCCAAGAGGAAGCCCAGGAGAGCUCCCCAGAGGGACAUCUGUUAUGACGCCUUUGUGUCUUACAGCGAGCGGGAUUCGCACUGGGUGGAGAACCUGAUGGUCCAGCAGCUGGAGCACUUCGACCCUCCCUUUCAGUUGUGUCUUCACAAGCGGGACUUCAUCCCCGGCAAAUGGAUUAUUGACAAUAUCAUCGACUCCAUCGAGAAGAGCCACAAGACCAUCUUUGUGCUUUCUGAAAACUUCGUGAAGAGCGAGUGGUGCAAGUACGAGCUGGACUUCUCCCAUUUCCGUCUCUUCGAUGAGAGCAACGAUGCCGCCAUUCUCGUUCUGCUGGAGCCCAUCGAGAAGAAGGCCAUUCCCCAGCGUUUCUGUAAGCUGCGGAGGAUAAUGAACACCAAGACCUACCUGGAGUGGCCCACGGAUGAGACUCAGCAGGAAGGGUUUUGGUUAAAUUUGAGAGCAGCAAUCAAGUCCUAGGUUCCUUUGAGAAAGGCCACUCUUGGUCUGGGGGAGGUCUUUUUAUCACUAGUUACAACUAAGUGAUAGACACAAGUAUACAUAAGCCACAUGGGGACUUGCUAACUAAAGAUACUAAAACUCUUCAAUUUUUAUCUAGAGUGCUGUUUUAUACCAAGUGCUACCAGACUGGAAAAAAAAAUGGCUUUGGUUUUUCUUUAUCACAGGAGAUAAUCAUGAUCUAAAGCCAUUUUUGACAUCUGAAUUAUCUUUAGCAAAUGGUUUCAUUCAUUAGGAAACGCACAGAUGAACAGAAGACUUCGCGUGUACGUGCACUCAUCUCGCUGCUAGCAGACUCAUCCGUGUCUGCUGAGGGCAUCGGCCACCCCCCCGGCUGUCUCCUCUGUGUGGCUGCUCUUGUGACCAAAAGGGCAAAAAUUGGGGUCACUCAGCCCCAGUAUUGCUGUUCCUAGAAAGAAGCGUUGUGUGUCUCCAUCGAACUUUUUGGGAUACAAAAAUGCCUAAAAGGCUGUGUUUUCAUGUGAAACGGGCCUGUCUGUCUGUCUGUCUGGGUGCUUGAUAGGCUUCUCCAGCCAUUAAUGGCUUGAAUGAGGAUAAUCAACACAAGAUACAGUAAAUUAUGGUUUUCAAUGAAAAUCAAACUAAUAAAUAAAAUACUCAGUUCAGAAGAAUUUGAAAGAAGCCUUCCAUAUUCCUGACUCAUUUUCUUCCAUCCCUGAACUAUGCGAAGGUCUAGUUUGUAUCUAAUUACUCCGGCUCUCAGUUGCUCCCUUCUGGUCUGUCGCCCCUGCAUUGUGGUGCUUUCUUCUUUGAAAAGUCUUGACUCUGAUUCUAAAAAGGCCCUCCUCUUUUUCUUCUGAAAAAUAGUCCCCAUGAGCUAAAUAAAUUUUAAACAAGUAUAAACCUAGACAUUCCUCACAAAUAUGAAAAUAUUUGAUACACAAUAAUUAAAAAGAUAGACAAUACUUCCAUGUUAAUUUUUCUAAUCUAGAUGUAAUAAUACAUGACAUUUAAUAUAACUAAUGCUAUAUACGGACUUGGUGCAAUUUUCUUCUCAAGCUGGGAACCACAUGUGAGAGGAAGUGAACUUCCUCUGACCUUCCUCCGUUCUUGGCCGGAACUGGGUUUGUGUGGUUGGUUGGGCUCCAGAGUCAAGAAGGUCCUGGGUUAGUAGAUAUGUAUCUUUGGGCAAGUUACUUAACCUGACUCAAAAUAUUUUCCUGUACUGAAAAUAGGGAUAAUGAUAUUAAAAUCAUGGGGUCUGAUGCAGAUAUUAAUGUACGGUAAGGUAACUACACCCCUGAGCACAUGCCCCUGGGUCACUGUUCCCUCUGGAGGGGUGGGGGGGCAAGCCCGUGGGAACAGGAACCACAGGGUGCUUGCUUGGGGUCACAGGGACACGGUGGUAGCUGUUACUAGUUCCAGGAAGUAAAUCCUCUUUUUAUGUAUUAUUAUUUGCAAAUGGAUAUUUUUUCUGUAAUGGGUGUAAGGGAUCCUGUUGUUUGCAGAAAAAUAUCCCAAAGAAGUAAGUUAAUUAAGAGCAUAACAGGCUUUAGUCUUUGGGACACUCAAUAAGGUUUCUGCUCGCUCAUACGAACUCCUGGGAGAGUGUUAGGGAGGAACCAGCCUAAGGAAAAAAAUGGCGAAGUUCAGGAGGGAAACUGGAGGGGGCGCCACAGAAGCCAAGCACAAAAAUGGAUUUUUUUGCUUUACUUCUUUCUGCAUUAAGUCCAAUGCUAAUUGUCAUGAGAACUAGACAGUUCAGCAUGGACUUGAUCUGUUAGAUUGAAUUGCAAUAAUUUAUACAGCAAUAGAAAUAACUUCAUAGUUAAUUGACAGAUUCAAAUAGUUUUAAAAUGAGCUUUAUGUUUCUCACUGAAAAAGUUAAACAUGUUCACUGUGGAAAUUUUGUAAAAGAGAUAAGAUUAUAUAAAAGAAAGUAAGAAUCAGCUCUUACCCUUUCACCUUUGGAUAACCACUGAUGACUAUAUAGUGUGUAGGUCUCCAAUAUUUUAUAUAUGUAUUACUUCAAACAACUGGGAUUCAAUUUUAAAUAUUUAAACUGCAUGUGGAAGAAAAGACUGUAAGGGUAAUACACUGGUUUUCAACAACAUGCAAGUGGAUUGGAUGUCAACCUGGUGGACGCAAUGUUUUGAUUUAUUUUAAAAAGUUUAUGCGGCGAUGGUGUGGCUUUCCAGAAUGGGCAAAUAGUAAAGUCAGACAGGAAUGGGGUGGACAGGACAAGGACACAGUGUUAAGAAAUGACAUGUGCUAUUUGCAGGCAUUGCUCUUGUUUCCUGGAAGAGGUGAGUAGAUCCCCUGUGCCCUGUUACUCCCCCUUAUCCCUGGCAGUAAAAGCCCUUGGGAAAGGCUAUGCAAAGGGCCACGUGGCUACUUCGUGCCUGGGAAGAUGGAGGAGGAGGCUGGAGUUGAGCUCUGUUCCUGGUGGGCCAUAGAACAGGCCCCUUCUCCAACAGGGAACAGGAGAGUUGGUGGAAGGAGAAGCAGCCAGUUGAGGGGCUAGCCUUAGGCCCUGAGACAAUAAGGGGAUGGCUGGACCAUUGCUCUCAAGGGCAGACAGUGGCAGGAGACCCUGUUUGCCCCUCAGUCCUUUUCCUGUCCUCCUGAAGCCCCUCCCCUGCCUUCCACACCAAACUUCCCUUAGUUAGAGUCUCACUACGGAGACCUGACCCCACCCUCUGACCCCAAAUCCUGGAGCCCUGUCUCCAGCUCUUUCACCUUCCCCGGCUUCCUCCCUGGUGGAGCCAUUGCACCAAAUGCUUAAGUUCUAGGAUAUUUCUGAUGGAAUGUUUUGACGUUAUUUUAAAAGAUGCCCACUGCAGUGAGUUCUAGUCAGUAGGGAUUUUCUAAAACAUGACCAUUUUAGUGGGCCUAGCUGGAAAAGUGAGUUGUCAUUUACAUGGUUUCCACGGUGAAGUGCUUUCCCUGCUGCAAGCAUCUCACAUACAAGGGCUGUCUGGUGGGCGGGGGCUCCUCUGCCUCCAGGUGUGAUGCUGCCCAGGGGAGGCCUCAGCCGUGAGUUACACGGAGUCAGAAGCUCUCACGAAGUGGCUCAAAUUGCUGUGAGGCUCUGUUAUCUCUACAGGGACCAGAGUGAGCCUUGGGGCCAGAGGGACUCAGCGGGCCUUUGGCUUGGUACUUUUGGUUGGGUGUGGCCAACUGUUUGAAUCUUUGCUCAGUGCAGCCAGAUCGAGGUGGAAGUUUGUGCCGCUGAAAGGGGCGAGGAUGGGGACAGUGGCCAGCUCCGAGAGGACCUCCCUGUCCACCCCACAGCACCCGUGGCACCAGACUGGGGUUCUUUGAACUCCACACACACUCCGAAUACUGUCUCUAUACCCAAAAGGCCCUCUCUGGGUGGUGCCAGCGUUAGAGGUCUUCCUGACCAACAGACUUUUUAGAUGUAGGGUUUCUCUGUGCAAAGUGGUUUGUUGAUUGAUGUAAUUAGGCCGCAGCGUGCUCUCUCCUUGGCUUGAUUCUGGGCUUUGCUGCUUCCUACACAUGGGACCCUGGCCAACCUACUCAGCAUUCCUUCCUGUGAUUGCUUAUUUCUAGUGGGUGGAUGAUAACACCAGCUUCUAAAACAGUUCUAAAGACUGUCUGAGAUGAUGUAUUGAUGUUUAACAGACAUGGCACAUUAAAUUCUCAAUAUGUCAUAUUAUUGUUAUGGAUGUAUUAGAUUUUCUAAAUGUCACCUCCAAAU